AAGAUGCUCCUGGCAAUGACUCAGGGGGCCAAAAUGCCUAAAAAAUCAUUAUGGGGCUCCAUAAUAGAGACCCCAGAAGACAAAGCAGCCAGGAAAGCUAUCCAGUUCAAGAUGCCAAGGGACUCCUUCCACCAGAAACCUUGCAUAACUUAUCCACGGUCCCCUUCAGAGUGGAGAACGCACACCCCCGAGCCUCACUUGAUCCAGCCCAGAAUUGUGGAGCAGCCUGAUGCAGCAAGUCUGGAGAAGCAAUGUAUAUAUCGGAAAAAGCUGGAAAAAGAGAAAUCUAAGACCAGGAAGAAAAAGUCUGACUUUCUCCUCUCAAAGUUUGUCCAGUCGUCACCUACUAAACAGAAAGAAACAUACAUGUGGGAGGAGAAGCUGAAACCAGAAAGGCUCAAGAUUCUCAUAAAAUACUUAUCUUCCCCAGUGGAACUUGAACAACUCUAUGCAGCUCAGGCCCUUGGAAAACUUGGGUUUGCUGAAGAAUCUGUUCUAUCUGCCCUUCGUAAUGCACUUCAGGAAUGCAACAGCCUGCCUUUGCAGUACGAAGUAGCUCGGUCCCUGGCUUUGCUGGGGUGCCUGGAGACCUCUGUAAUGAAGGUGCUAAUUAGGCACCUGAAGGUGGUGAGCCUGAAUCGGAGAGAAGAUACCUUGGCUGCGCUGAAGGUGGCCCUGCAAGCAUGGUCAAGGAUGCCCACCUUUGAGGGGUACUGCAUAGGUGCCCGAUCCAGUUUAAUCCGGAAUCUACAGCGGUUGGUGGACUUGCAGCAGCCUGAGGAUGAUACAAGCUUCAGUGCAGCCCUUUGCUUGGGGUACUUGGACAAAUCCAGCCGAAUUGCCCAGGUGGUGAUGUUUAUGAGCCUGACCCAGAAUGACUGGCAGAAGAAAGACCAGGCUUUAGUCAUGCUGGUAAAGCAAAUGGGGAUAAUGGAUGCUGUAGUUAUCCGGCGCAUUCUAGAUCAGCUUCAACGUUCUCCUAUGUACGAGCAUCGUGUGGACGCCGCAAAACUUUUAGCCACCAUCGGGCUUGAGACGAUCCAGCAGGAAGGCAUGGAAGAGGACGUAUUUAACAUGCUCCUGAUGAAGUUAUCCAACGAGCCGUUGCUGGUGGUAAGGCAGUCGGUUGUCUUGGCUGUGGAAGAACUGAGGAUGAAGAAGCGAGUCUGGGACAUUGUGGAGAAGCAGCUGAAGGAUGAUAGGGAUGAGAUCCGAAAGCAGGCUGUGAUUGCUUUGGGUGUCCUUGGCAUUCGCCAUAAAGGUGUUUUCUUUGCCCUGCUGGAAAUGCUGGAGCUGGACUCCAGUGAGGAUGUUCGCGUACAGGUUAUCAGGGCAUUUUCUAGCCUGGGAAUGAACAACGUGUACGUGAGGAAGAGCCUGAGGAACAAGGAACAGAUGGAGGGGAUCCUAGCCAGAGAAUCUGCCAGAGCCUUGAAGAUCCUGGACAAAAUCGCUGAUGCCCAGAAAGCACUGAGGCUCCAGUCGUACAGGGUCCACUGA